GCGGCGAAGAAGAAGAGAUUGGAGGAGUAGAUGUUGCGAUUUGAGAAGGAGAAGAUGCUGCAAAUACAGUUAGAGGAGGAGGAAAGAAGAAGGGCUGCAGAGGAAGAAGCAGCAGCAGGAGAAGAGGAGGAGGUAGAAGAGGAACCUCUUGAGAGGAGGCGUAGGGAACAACAAGGGGAAACCAGUGGCACAAAAUGGGAAGAUGCAUGGAUGGAGAAGAAGAUAAGCGAGUGGGUAGCUAACUUAUCGUUGGGAGAGGAUGAGGAGGCACAGUUGUAUGUGCCGCAGGAGGAGAGGGAAGCGUUUUCCAAGGAGUUGGAGACGAUAGAAGAUCCCCUGGAACGCCAGACAACGGAGGACGAGAAGAAGUUGGAAUGGAAACUACGAAUGAUGAGGGAAAAGAAGAGGAGGAGGGAGGAGGCCAACAGGGUGGCGAAAGAAGUAGAAAAGGUUCAAGCCUGUAGAUAGGAGGUGCAGGCACAAGCUGAGGUCCCCUCCAAACUAGACGAGAUUCUGGGAUAUUUAGAGA